AUGGGUGAGGGGAAAACAAGGGAGGGGCAGAGGGGGGGCAGGGAGGGAAGAAACGUGGGGCAGGGAGGGGAGAAGCCAAAGACAGGGGCAUGGCAGGCGGGGGCAGGGAGGGAGCAAAGGAGAGGCACGGAGAAAGAAAGGGAGGCGCGGGGAGGGGAGAAACCGGGCGUGGGGGGGGCGGAAAAUGAGGGGCAGGGCGGGGAGGAGGGAGGGGCAGGGAGGGGAGAAGCUGAGCACACGGAGGGGGAAAGGUGGGGCAGGGAGGUAGGAAGCCAAGGGCAAGGGGGGGAGAGUGGGGGAGCAGGGAGAGGGGGGAGGUGGGGAGCGGAGAAAGGCGGCGAGGGGCAGGGAGGGGAGAAACCAAGCAUAGGGGGGCGAGAUACGAGGGGCAGGGUGCGGAUUGAGGAGGGGCAGGGAGUGGAGUGGGUCGGCGAGGGGAAGGAAGAGGCGUGCAGCAGAGGAGGGGAGGGGGGAGGAGAAGGUAAACGAGGGGAGCGCACGGGCGGGGAGGAGCGAAUGGCGGGCGGUGGGAAACGGCGAGGGGGGCAGGGAGGGUCAAAAGAGGCGGCAAGGGAGCGGGCACGCGGAGGGUGGGGGCGGGGGGGAGCGGAUGGCAUGAGGGGGCAGGGGCGGGGUGGGGGCCCCCCGGGGAGGCUUGCCCGUGCGAAGAAACGCCCCGUGCGCAACACCGUUUGGGCGGUUGGAAGCCGCACACGGUCGCGGGGGUGGAGAGCGGAAACGGGCAGCCGGGGGAGGGUGGGGGCGGUUGGAUGGGACUGGGGUGUACGGGGGGCAGGGGAGUUGAGGGGGCAAGGGGAGGGGCAGCAACGGGCAGGGGCUGGGCCAGCUGAGGGCACGGAAAAGGGGCGGGCAGAGGGUGAGCAGAGGGGGCGAGCGAUGCAAGGGAGGCACCAUAGGGGGGAAACCAGUUGCACGGAGGUGGGAGGUGAGGGGCGUGCGAGGGGUGGGAAAGGGGCAGGGAGGGGCGGAAUGGGAGGACGUGGGUGGGGGGGUGGGGGAGGGGAGUGUGCGUGUGUGUGUGAGAAAGAGAGAGAGAGAGAGAGAGAGAGAGAGAAGAGAGAGAGGAAAGGGAGGGGGGGGAGAGAAGGGUGGAGGGGGGCUGGUGGUGCGGAUGGGCUGAUGGUGGCAAGAGGGCAGCAGGGAUGGGGAGAAGGGAGCAUAACGAGGGGAACGCAAAGGGCAGGGGGGGAGGAGGGGAGGGGCAGGGAGGGAAGAGGCUGA